CCCAGAAACCACACAGACUGAGAUAUAGAGAGAGAGAGAGAGUGACACACAGAGAUAGAUAGAGAUUUAGAGAGAGAGAAACAGGAACAAGCGCCUCUCAUGGAGAGUACAGAUGCCGGCGAUUUCAGCGUCGGAUCGAUCGUCUGGGUGCGGCGGAGGAACGGGUCGUGGUGGCCGGGGAAGAUAGUGGGGCCGGAGGAGCUCUCCACUUCGCAUCUCACCUCGCCUCGCUCUGGUACUCCCGUCAAGCUUCUCGGCCGAGAAGACGCCAGUGUGGAUUGGUACAAUUUGGAAAAAUCCAAGCGUGUUAAGCCAUUUCGAUGCGGUGAUUUUGAUGACUGCAUUCACAAGGCUGAAUCAGCGCAAGGUAUGCCGCCAAAGAAAAGAGAAAAAUAUGCACGUCGGGAAGAUGCUAUUCUUCAUGCGCUUGAACUUGAGAGGGAACUAUUGAGGAAAGAAGGAAAUUUGGCUAUGAGUGCUGAAGUCAUGAACAGACAGAACAGUAAACAUGGGGCUGUGAAGAAGGAUGUAUUUAUGCCCUCAGAAAGUCUGGGAAAAGAAUAUUCAAAACUUGGGAAUUCCAAAUUGAAUCAGUUGUACAAGCGAAAAGAUUUGUCUCACAUGAAUGAUAUUAUAGGCAGUCCCCUGUCUUCCCAAAGACUCAAGGAGGGAAAUCAACUGAGCGGGGAAGAUGAUCAUUUUGAGGUGACACCUCGGAUGAGAGGCUUGCAGGACUUUGGUCUCAAAAGUUCCUCUUCAAAGCGGAAAAUUUCAUCUUCCUCUUCUUUAAAUGGUUUUUGGAAACCCUCUGCUGAUAGUACUGUUGAAACAUUUGCUCAUGGUGGUCUCGGCCUGGGAGGAACAAGUCACGUGAACGGAGUGGAGCAGACAAGAGCUGUUUGCAGAGCAAAGAGGAGUAAAUGUGUAUACUUGCCAGCUGACUCUGGUGAUUCUUUGGAGUAUGAAACAGCUCCUUCAGGCCAUAUUGACAUAUCAGCUCCCCCUAUUGGCACUCGUCUACAUGGGGAGACAUUGAUAGAGGACACCACUUCUGGGUUUACAGAAGAGGAGCCUGAUUCUUCUGAAACUGAUUCCUCUAUCCCUGGAUCUGAUUCCUCAGAGACUGAACCAGAUAUGGAUGAUGAGCUGCCUUCAUUUUCAGAUUUAGAAGUUGGAAGAUAUGAAGCACAAGAACAUAGAAGCUUGGUUGAUGAGUACCCAGAUGAAUCAACACAUUCUGGUGACAUGCCUCACCUCUAUAAUCAGGACCCUUAUUUUGCAAGUGAAGCUGUGUCCAAGUGGCAGUUGAAAGGGAAAAGGAAUACGCGCAAUCUUAGUAAAAGAUCAAUUGAUACAACCGAAGGACGAGGUUUUUUUUAUGGACCAUAUUCUGAAGAAAAGGCUGGAAUGACUGGACUGGACAAUGGGUAUCCCCUAUCAAGAGCUGCAUCAAGGAGUCGAAACAGAGUUGGACUGUAUAUGAUUGAUUGGGAGGAUGGGACCUGGGAAGAUAGGUCUGCCUGGGAUGAAUGCUGGGACAAAAGAGAGCGAUAUGACCAGAUAUAUGAUGAUCUUUAUAAUCAUCGCAGGAGGCCGAAAUACUUGAUAGAUGUGGACUUGAAAGUCCAGGCAAGUUACCAGAAAGAGCCUGUCCCUAUUGUUUCUCUGAUGAGCAAGUUAAACGGGAAGGCGAUAAUAGGGCACCCCAUUCAAGUUGAAGCCUUAGAAGAUGGUUUAUCUAACACGCUAUUUUCAACAUUUGAUGAUUCUGGUGAUGAAGCAAUCGACAAUGAUGGGGGUACAACUCUUCCUCACGCAUGGAGGACUGCAAGGAGGACAGCAAAUGUUCGAGUCCCUCGUCCUCAUUUAGUUUCUACAUUGGAUGGUGAUGAGGCUGCUGAUGACCUUCCCUUUUCCGAUGAAGAUAGACCACCAUUUAAGAAAUUAAAUAUGGGGAGUUCCAGUCAUAAGGCAAGCCAGGUCAAGAGGAACCCUCCUCACAACUCCCGGCUUCCCACUGAUAGAAAGUUCUCGAAAAAGGUGUCUAAGAAAGUAAGCUUAUCAUCUAGCCUGAAAACAAAAACAAGGACCUUGUCUUCUUUAGCUAUUGAACAGAGUUUUGGUAACAAGGGAAUGAUACAACAUGGUAGUGGCCAAAGGGAUCGGUUGAUGAAACCAGAGUCAUCUGGAUCUGUGCCCACAACUGUAGCUUGCAUUCCUGUGACAUUAAUAUUCAGUAGGUUACUUGAGAAGAUCAAUAGGCCGCCAUCAAAAGCAUCAACGGCACCAGCUAGUAAUGCGGUUUUAUUGAAUGGGGAUGCAGAGAGAAGUUCAUGAUAGAUUACUUGUACAUUGUUAUAUAAGUACAAUAGCACAGGAUUUAUUGCUAAUCUCUUGUUUACGGACAAGCAAUACUCCCUUUAAGUCAGCAUGUUUCUGCUGUCUUUUCGAAUAAUCAGGUGAAGAUGAAGCAGGUAGAUGAGAAAGCAGCCAUGUACAGCAAAGAGAGAGAAGCAGGUUGGCAACUGCAUGCAUGUUUGCUGGAAAUGGAUUUCUGGAGGAACAAAGGUCGUGUUAGGCAGGAAUUGUAGUAGGGUAUAGAUAGAGUUCAUAGGGAAUGUACAUUUAUUUCCAUACAAGGAAGGCUAUGUAUCUUGGUCCGCUUUUCUCAAUUUAAGUUA